UGAAGGUGGUUACUUCCUGUAGAGAGGAAGAUGCUGCCAACAACAUUGCCUAUUUCUCACCUCAAAUGUUUUUAGAAACAUAUUUUAGACUCAAAGAUUUUUAUUGUAAAUUCACUCUAUGUGUAGGACAUACAGAAGAAUCGAAAUACUGUUUCUCUAUCACCUUAGGACUAAUGCCAUGCAGUUAAAUGAGAAAAAGAUAAAAAUAUAACAGUAUAAAAAUAAACAAAUCUCUAGGGGAAUAGAAAAAUCAAACCUAUGUACCAUUAUACUGUUUAGAGAAAGUUUGUGACCAGGCCACCACCAUGUUGUUUCCUGCUUCUGAAUCAAAGCUCGCUGAACUCAAACUGUCGAAAUGAGGCAGCGUCGAUCAAAUAGAAAUCAAGAUUCUGUCACUGAGCUGCCUGUGUCAUAUUUCAGUGUACGGUUUAGCUUUAACAGUGAAACCACAGUUUGUGACAAGGCCACCAUUUUGUGCCACUUGAAAAGGGACGAGCCAACAACACAGCUCAUCACCCAGCAGCCAGAGUGUUCAUUGGUCCAUGUGGGUGCAGUGCAUUCUGGUUGUUGUAGGUUUUUUUACUUUUUGAACAAAACGGAAUACCACCACACUUUUUGUCUGCUCUCUGUGAUCAUGUAGCACCAGCUUAAAAAUUAUUUGUGUUUUUCUGCUGUUGAGACAGCCAGGCUCUAUGCAAAGAUCAUCUUUCCAGCGGCAAAAUCUUUUAACUUUUAUUCUUUCCAGUUAUGUGAAUGGUUUUGAUUAUGAUGUCGGGUUUGAGCCACACAGUAGUUUGAGGCUCACGCGAAAAAAUAAAUCACUCCCAUUUUCUAACUUUAUGACAAUAGCUUGAGCCAAGAGAUGACCUAAGAAGACAGAGAAAUAGGAGUUAAUGAUGAUGGGGGUGAGUGGCCAAAGCAGCUUAAAUCCCUCCCUGCUGUAUUUAUCUACUUCUUUUGUGUCACCAACUUAGACACUCACUCCCCCCCACAUGGCAUCCGAUGUCAGAUGAAUUGCUGAAUACCAGCUGGAAUGUCUUUUAGUCGGUGUGUUGCACUGAGAGCAACUGAACACGUUUUACUACUGAAAAACCAAGGCCACAAGAUACCUUUUGUAUUCUCUCAAAAACAAUGUAAACAUGAGAAAGUAAAAGUAUGUGAAAGUAAAGGUGUUUUUACACUCCAUUGUUACUGCUCUCCUUAAAAAUCCAAUGAGUGAAGUUUGUCAAAAAGAUCCAUAGACCAAAAUAUCAAACGUUCACCACAAACUUAAAGGAAAAAUGGGAUACCUGAGAUAGAUCUAAUGUUAUGAAACUUUUUGAGUAAGAGAAGGCAGAGUAAGAGAAAACACCCAGCAGCUCCUCCCACAGACAACACCCCCCCUCCCUCUCUCUCUCUCUUUUUAGUCCACUCCCAUCAUGCUGAGGUUAAAUCAUCCUCAGACAGCUCCACAGUCCACUACUGCACUACAGACAGCCACAGGGUUUUCUCAGACUGGAGCACAACACAGGUGUGACUUCAUCUGAAUGAGGAUACCUGUUAUCAUCAGCCUGGCACACAUUCAUUUUACUGUCUCUGCCAUUUGACUGACGCUUGGCUCUCUGACUUUAUUUCCUUGUGCACCUUUGGCAGCUCCAUUUUAGGAGCCCUUUUGGACCUUCUGAAACAGACUUGAUCAGUUACAGAGUUUAUGUGUGCAUCUACAAAAGGCCAGAGAAAUGAAUUUUAAUGAAGUUCUCUGUGUUAUCGGGGGCUUUGGGAAGUUCCAGAAGAUCUUGUAUGUAUGGAUCUGUUUACCUCAGAUCUUUCUGGCAUUCCACAUGCUGGUCUCUGUCUUCACUGGGGCUGUUCCUCCACAUUUAUGCCGCUCCACGUGGCCCUCAGCUGGCAUUCCAGCAUCUGCAAACUUCAACCUCAGCCUUGUGUCUGCUGCUGAUGCUCAGUCUGACCUGUCCUGCACAGUCCCCUUGAAUCAUAGCGGUGCUGUAGCUCUUGACGUUGGACAGCAUUCUGGGAGCUGCCAGGGGGGCUGGGAGUACAGCACAGAGAUCUUCCAAAGCACCAUAGUAACUGAGUGGGACCUGGUUUGUGAUAAUGCCAACAUGAACAACUUGGGCUCAUCCAUCUACAUGUUUGGCCUCCUAGUUGGAGCUGUUGUAUUUGGGAGCUUAGCUGAUAAGUAUGGUCGGAGGAUCAUCAUCCUCAUCAACCUGGCUAUCCAGGCUGUUUUUGGGGUUGGUGCUGCUUUCGCCCCUAACUUCUAUGUCUAUACUGCCCUUCGCUUUAUGGUUGGAACGUCAAUCUCUGGUGUCAUCAUGAAUGCCUUUGUUCUAGGGACAGAGUGGACAGGAUCGAAGCAGCGGAUGUUAGCCGGGAUAAUCACUGACUACUUCUUUGGCUUUGGCUACAUUCUGCUAGCUGGAGUGGCGUACUUCAUAAGAGACUGGCGUAAACUGCAGCUGGCUAUCUCUGCACCUGGUUUCCUCUUCAUCUUCUACAUCUGGGUGCUGCCAAAGUCAGCUCGCUGGUUAAUGGCCAACGACAGGAGAGAGGAAGCAUGGGAACUGAUCCGGAAAGCAGCACAGAUCAAUGGGAAGCCCCUAACCAAAGAUUUGGAGAUGUGUCAGGUCUAUAAAAUUGAAGAGAAACCAGAGGUGACAAAAAAGCACUCAUUUAUAGACCUUGUUCGAACUCCAACAAUGAGGAAGCAGUCUCUGAUUGUUUUUUAUCUCUGGUUUGCGAAUGUGCUCGUGUACUAUGGGCUGUCUCUCAACAUUUCUGACUUUGGAAUGAACAUCUAUCUGACCCAGAUGAUCUUUGGCCUUGUAGAGAUGCCUGCACGUACCAUCACCCUCUUCACCCUCAACCGCUCUCGCAAGUUCUCCCAGCUAGCUUUCCUGGCGGUGGGUGGCACAGCCUGCCUGCUGACCAUCUUCAUCCCCAGUGAACUAUCAGUUAUGAAAACUGUGCUGGCCAUGAUUGGGAAGUUUGGGAUUACGGCCUCUCUUUCCAUUAUUUAUGUCUACUCCGCUGAAGUGUUCCCUACAGUUAUCAGACAAAAUGGGAUUGGUAUAGGCUCCAUGUGUGCUCGGACUGGGGGGGUCCUGGCUCCCAUGAUGUACCUUCUGAGGAGCAUCAGCCCACAUGCUCCCAUGGUUCUGUGUGGCCUGUGCCCUCUUCUGGGCUCUGCUCUCACACUGCUGCUUCCUGAGACAGCCAAUAAGCCCCUUCCUGACUCUAUUGAAGAUGUGGAGGGACCCAAACUCAGUGAGGAGGAUGAUGGUGUGAAGCCGGUCAUCUUUGAGCCUUCUGUGAGGAAAACUGGCAUCGCUGACAGCACGAGGACAGACUGACAAACAGCAUCAGUGCGAGCUGCCUCAUCUCAUGAGGCAGUCAGCAUUUUUCAGGACCAUUCUAAAGCAUGUGUUUAUGCUUCCAGCGGAAGUCAACAUUAGACUUGUUUGGGGUUUUUUUUUUUUUUUUUGGGAGGUGCAAGACUAUGAACACUUAAUGCAGCUACAAGGAGUUUUUACUGGUUAUGAAACAGGUUUAAUAGUGAUGCAUCUACCUCAUGACUUGUCGCAACAUCCAGGUGAGCUCAAGUAUGAUGGUCAAAAGUCACUGUGACAUCAAAAAACGUUUUUAGCCAUAACUGAAUACGUCACAUAAAUAAAAUAAAAGAUAAACUGAUGAAGUGAAAAUAUUUUAUAUCCAAAAAGUCAAAGGUCAACUUUGCUGUGACAUCAUAGUAUUUCUAAUCAACUGCAAAAUGACGGACUGUGACCAUAGUUCACAUUUGGUCACAUACUGAAUUUGAAGCGUUGUUGUCCACCGCAGCCUCAUUGGUUUUGAUGGUACUGAGCUUCAGGUGAUUGUUGUUGCACCAUGUUUUUACACCAUGUCAUGAAACUCUUUCAGUCGUCUGUUCUCCCCUGUAAAAAUAGACUCUAAGUGACAACAGCUUCUUUCUUGAACUUAUUCAGUGGAAUCUUACGUGUCAAUACAGAGAUAACGUCCUUUUUACCACACUUAGUCAGUGUUGAGCUCAUACAGUAAACAAUAAGUAUUUGGGAGUCUCUGCUGUCUGGUUCUCUGGCGACAACACAAGUCCAUGGUCCAUAUCCUCGAUGAGUGUUAAAUGCACAGUUUGUUGGGGGGUCAGACAGACAUAACCAACAGCAGGAACCUGUUUAAGGAAACAAUUACACCUGUUGAUGCACGGUGAGUAUUACAUCCAGUGUGACAGCUCGUGAUAAAAUACUUGAAAUACUACUGUAAGUAAAAACACUUCAAUGUUUGACUUGGCCCUUACAUGUUGUCUUUUUGAUAUUACUGAUGUAUAUCAUGAAGUCACGGUGUUGAUACAGUUACAGAUUUCUGUGACUGAAGUUGUUGUGAGAAGUUUUUUUUUUUCUACUUUAUCUUUACAAUAAAGAUUUGUUAGC